AUGGACCGUCGGUCCAAAGAAUCCAGGUAUAAGCGUAAUCAUUCCCGCUCUCCCGCUAGAGUACAUAAAAGGAAAAGAUCUUACGAAAGUCCACCAAAAGUUCCAGAAAACACAGAUACAGAUUCUUUUAGUUUCUUAGACUAUAAAUGGAAUCUUAAUAAAAUAAUUAUGUACAGCAGCGAUACUAACACUGUAGCAAAUAGCAUUGAAGACUUUUGGGUAUUUGUUAAGAAGUAUGAAGCUACUCUAAGGAAAGCUCAUAAACCAUUGUUGGUUUAUGAAACUGAAGACAGCCAGCGAAAUGAACUAGGCAUUUCAAAAUCCUUUUCCAAAGUGGAUUGUAUAAAUUUCACAGCUAAAAUAAAGUAUAUGGACACAGUUUAUGAUGAAAGAGAUAGGCGGCAGCUUGAUGAGAAAAAGUUUAAAAUAUUUUUGAAUAUUAUCUCUAUUUAUAUAGAUUUUAAAAAUAAAGAAAAGUUUGAAAAACUGAAAAAGUUAAGAAAAGCUCAAAGUGACUUACCAGUUGCUAAAUACAGAGAUGAAAUAAUAACAGCUGUGAAAAAUGAGAAAGUGGUUGUAGUGGCUGGUGACACUGGUUGUGGUAAAUCUACACAAGUGCCGCAGUAUCUGCAUGAAGCAGGCUUUCAAAAUAUUGCAUGUACACAACCAAGAAGAAUUGCCUGCAUUUCACUAUCAAAACGGGUUGCAUAUGAAAUGCUUUCGCAGUUUGAAACAAAAGUAGGCUACCAGAUAAGAUUUGAGAAGAACAAAACUGCAGACACUAGCAUUUGUUUCAUCACAGAAGGUUUGUUAUUAAGACAGAUGUCGUCAGAAAACUUACCUAAUUACGAUGUGAUUAUUCUUGAUGAAAUUCAUGAGAGGCACUUAAUGGGAGACUUCUUGCUAGGAGUGCUAAAAUGUUUGAUUCACGCUCGAAACGAUAUAAAGCUCGUUUUGAUGUCCGCUACCAUCAAUAUUAAGCUCUUUGAAGAUUAUUUCAGUGCGGAGUCGGCGGCUGUUAUACAGGUCCCUGGUAGACUGUUUCCCAUAGAACUACACUACAAACCUGUAUUAAUAGAUGACAAACCUUCAAGAGACGACCGUCUCGAUCCUCAGCCUUAUGUACAAAUUAUGGCUAUGAUCGACAAUAAGUAUCCAAUUGAUGAGAGAGGUGACCUCCUCAUAUUCAUGUCGGGAGUUCAAGAGAUAACUGCGAUUUGUGAUGCAGCACAGCAGUAUGCCGAAAAGAACAAAAAUUGGAUAGUGUUGCCAUUACACAGCGGCCUGUCUUUAAUUGAACAGGAUAAGGUUUUCGACUACCCUCCGGAUGGUGUCAGGAAGUGCAUAGUGUCUACGAAUAUAGCUGAAACAUCAGUCACCAUUGACGGAAUAAGAUUUGUCGUCGAUUCGGGAAAGGUAAAAGAAAUGAGUUAUGAUUCGUCAACAAAAAUGCAAAGGCUUAAAGAGUUCUGGAUAUCGAAAGCAAGCGCUGAUCAGAGGAAGGGGAGAGCUGGGAGAACUGGCCCCGGUGUCUGUUACCGUGUAUACUCCGAGCAGCAAUAUGCUGACAUGGACGCGUUCAGUACUCCUGAAGUUUCGAGAGUUCCUCUCGCCUCGCUCCUGCUGCUCAUGAGCUCGUUGGGGGUAAAUGAUGUCAGACGCUUCCCCUUCAUAGAUUCACCUCCAGAAGACGCCAUAGAGAACGCCCUACUGGAGUUGAAACAGCAUGGAGCCCUAACCUCAAACGAGAAACUAACAGCUUUGGGCAAAGCCUUAGCCAACAUUCCAGUAGAAGUUUCGCUGGCUAAAGCUCUCGUGGUGGGGAGUGCAACAUUACCACCACAUAAGUUGGAUUCAGCGCUUGCAUUAACCGCGGCUUUGGGAAUCCGGUCUAUUUAUACAACUCGGGCGCAUAGAGAUUUUGAAUGUGAGAAUGCCAGAAAACCUGACGAAUCAGAUCACGGGGAUCCCAUAACCCUCGUAUCUCUGUACUGUGCGUGGCUGAAGGAGAAAUCUAAAGGUGGAGGUCGAGCCUGGUGCAGACGACGUGGUGUAGAAGAACAGAGGCUAUAUGAAAUGACUAAACUUGCCGCUCAGUUGAAGGGGUUGUUACAGGAUGCCAAUCUAAUGGAUGCACCCGAGACAGAAUCCAUGUCGUCAUCAGAAAGAGCCAUGCGUCAUGGUCAGAUGAAGCAGUUAAAAGACAUGCGAAGACAAUGCAAACAAAAGGCAGCGGAGGAGUCGAAACGACGAAAACGUCUGAAGGUCGACUCUUGGGAGAUAGUUGAUGAAAAGGCUGAUGAUGAUAACGUAAUGGACAUCAGGGACAUCGAGUUUCGAUUGAGCAACGACGCGAAUCGGAUACAGGCUUUGAUCAACGGUUCUAGCGCGUCCAGUGGGCGCGACUUGGCUAUGUUGAAGAUUGUGUUGUGUCGGGCGUUGUAUCCUCAAAUAGCCGUAGCAGACGAAUUCAAUCAUUGCAAGUCAGUUUCUGAACAACUAUACCAUACGUGGAGUAAGCCCUUCGUGUUUCUCCAUCCCACAUCAUUCUUCGGCAAGCAUGGCCGCGUGCUACAGCUAUGCGAUGAGGAUAUACAGACAGAUCCACCCCCCGGAUACAAAAGCAAAUUGCCGUUAUCGUCUAGACAUCAGAUUUUGUCUUACCUAUCCCUUCUAGAAACGACCAAGCCGUAUAUAGUGAAUUCUAUGAGGAUGCCGGCUGCGCAGACGCUGCUGUUAUUGGCUCACUCGAUUGACACUAAUUUCGCGUUCACUAGAAUAAUUUGUGAUUCGUGGUUGCUGCUAGAGUUUCCGUAUCCAGAAACGGGUUUAAAUUUACUCUUCAAAGCCUCGAAAAUUAGGCAAAGAUGGGAAGGUUUGAUUAAUCGGCGACUUUUAGAUGCUAACCCGAAUAAAUCCGUCGAAAGUGAACUUCAUAAAACCAAGCCGAAACUCUCGUACGACGAAAUUCAAUACGAGCUGUCAAAAGAUAUGAGCGCAUACAUGAACUGCGAUGUGUAUUACACGAUAAAACGGCUCUUACCAGCAGAUUUGAAGGCUUUGUAUAGCUGCGAGGAACAAGCGAAUAUAGACCCUAAUCCGUUCGACAGAGAGUUCAUUUGUAAACCGCACGACAGGAAGGGAGGUGUAUACGUAACGGAUAAUAUUGUUUUUAAUUGUGUCGUUGAUUCUGAUUGGAGUUACAACAGCUACCAGGAAGCAUAUUCCUUACCCUGGACUUGUCCUAACUGCGAGAUUUCUCUAUGCUUAUCACCACUAGAGCGAUUGCAACAUACGAAUUUCACUUGUUCCUCAAAGGAAGAGGAAAAAGAAGUUAAGCCUGUGAUAAAGGAAGUUAAACCCAACGGCCGAGAGUAUAAGUGCGAGAUUUGCAAGGAGACUUUGUAUAUGACCCCUGUGGAAAUAUUGAGGCAUAAGAAAAGUUGUAAAUAA